AUGCAAUGGCUUCUCAUAUAUCGCUUCCUCAUUGCGCUUCCGCUUGCCAGCACUUUGGUGCCAAUCGCACUACCAACAGCUUACCUUUGGCUGGUGGACACUAUUGCAUUGAGGAGAGGAACCUGGGUCAUAGAAAAUGGAACGAAAAUGAACCUUCAACUCUGGGCCGGUUUUGAGGUAGAAGAGGCGCUGUUCUUCCUUGUCACCAAUCUUAUGGUAGUCCUCGGCCUUUCAGCAAUUGACAAUGCAGUUGCAUUAUUCGAGUACAACGCCUUCAUAUCCACCGAUGCUGUUGGUCAAAUGCCGUCCAUCCUUCAGCUCAUCGCCCCUUUCCUCAAGAGUAGCCAUCAAUACGACACUACCGUUCUUCGAGAGAUUUCCCAAGCAGUCUCGCUUCUACAGAAAAAGAGUCAGAGCAUGUACUUGGGAAGUGCAGUGUUUGAAGGUCAACUACGGUUGGACCUAAUCGCAUUAUACGCAUUCUGUCGCAAAGCCGACGACUUGAUUGAUGACGCGCCUGAUCGUAAAACUGCACAAUAUUGGAUCGAGCAAUGUGAAAAGGCCUUAGACUUGCGGUUCAAGCUCAAGGAAUCUACGUUGGACGAUGCUGGAGCCUACGAAAUACUGACAAAAUCCAUUCCACAACCGUUGCAUACUGCUAUACACCUGCUACCGGCCUCGCGACUCCCAAAGGAACCACUCUAUAGCCUUCUUAAAGGUUUCGAAAUUGAUUUGAAGUUUGAUGCCGAGAGCAACUGCUUCCCAAUUACUACCGAGGAUGACUUAGAUGUAUAUGCCUAUCACGUUGCUAGCACUGUUGCCAUACUUCUUCUGGAGUUGGUAUUCUGUCAUUAUCCAAUGCCUGUCAGCGAAACCGAGCGUUUGCAGGUGAUCUCCGCGGGUGAAUGCAUGGGGAAAGCAUUGCAAUAUACGAACAUAGCGCGUGAUAUUGUGCGAGACGCAGCAAUCGGCCGUGUUUAUAUUCCUACCUCUUGGCUGGCUAAGGAGAAUCUUACACCCUCGAUGGUUAUUGACCAGCCUAGAAAUCCUCAGCUCGCUACCCUCCGAAGAAGGAUUCUUGAUAAGGCCGACAUGUGUUACCAAGCUACGCAGAAGGCGAUCGAUAGGCUUCCAUCAAAUGUCCGAGGUCCUGUUCGAGCGACGGUCAUGAGUUACAUGGAGAUAGGCCAAAUGCUACGGGAAAAUGAAGGGAGGAUUUUGGAUGAAAAGUUAAAGGUUCCAACUUGGAGGCGGCUCAAGGUUGCAUGGAUAGCCAUGUCAAUGUAG